CACCAGCCACCGCCCAGACCCUGCCAGCGCCGCGGCGGCCAAACACGCGCUGCCGCUGCUCCGCCCAGGGCACAGUCUUUUAUGUUGUUUGUGUUUGUUGUCAGGCUUUUGUACGGUUUGUUGGAAACUGCACCUGGCCUCGCCAGAUCUACCUACUCUAACGCACCACACCCACGACGUUGCUAACACAGCACCAACACUGACAGUUUACUUGCCGCUUCAUGGACGCACCGCAUUCUGACAUUUCAGUUAUUGUGUUUUAUUUUUCUUUCCGUGUGUGUUGCACCACGACAUCUGCUGGCUUGUGUACUUAGCAGGCAGUCGCACCCUGCACCUGCAUAUAUUGCACCUCCUCUACAACCAACUUCGCCAUCAUCACCACCACGUGCACAGUGUCCAUCUAAAGCAUACCUUCCCUAUCGCCACCACUAAGAACAGGUGCCGCAGUCGCAGCAGCCUCGGCAGUGGCAGAAGCAGCGUGCACCUCAGCCUGGUGGGGCGUCAAUAGUGAAGUAAGGGGGCGGGUGGGAGACGCGGCUCUUAAAGCUGCAGUCGCACACCCCCACGCGGUAGGGCGAGAGCACGAUACUCUCGCUUUUAGAUCACUGCACCAGAGGGCCUGCCUUCAUCUGCACCACGUGGCUCAUAUUGAUUGUGAUACCUGAAUGUGAUGUGUGAAUAAAUGCCCUAACAACACCUACUCGCACAACAUGUGAUGAAUGAUCAUAACACAAUAUGCACUUCCAAGGUUGAAACCACUGACGUCUUCCUUAAUUAAUCUUAGAUUACACCAAGAAACACUACUGCCACUUCUUUCUUCCAGUGACAUCUAGUGAUGUUACACUGAAAGUGGUUCAUUUAGCGUAGAAAAAAUGAUUCGCCGCAAGAGAGCAUACCAUGGCUAGGUACAAGUGAAAGACCGAAGGGGCAAAUUUAACGCACACUUUAUACCUUGUCAUUCGUCAAGGUCAUUGAGAACACCUGUCUCACCUUCGGCACAUGUUCAUCUUGAGCAUAUCGGAUGAUGACUGCUCAACUAGAAAUCAGCAGAUAAUGUACAGAAUUACGUGUAAUACAACGAUAUUUUGAGAAGACGGUAGAUGACAAAGUUAUCUGGAACCUUCUGUAUAAAUGUUUAUAUUUACAAUUACAUUUUAAGAACAAAAUAUCAAGAGGCAUUCUGACAGGAAUGAAAAAAGUUUGGUUUGCCGCGUCUUCUUACUCACUGGAUAACUAGCACAGUUUACAAGGUACAAACAUGUGACGGGAAAAAUCUGUUCAGUCUCUUGCAUACAUUGGAAAUUUACAUAGAAUCAAGGCACAAGAAAACAAAAAUUAUAUUAUUCUUAAGACAUUUGUUAUAGAAAUCUGAGCGUAUGAGAGGAACUACUUUCUCCAUUCAAUUCAAAGUAUAUGGCUAAAUCAAUACCCACAGUCAACAAAUUCUGAAAGUGAUUUGGCACACACGACAAUGAAAAUAAAAAAAAACAGCUUUAGAAUACAGGCGCUGGCAGGGGACGUCGCUUUAAAGUCCAAUUACAAUUGUUCAUUCACCCAAAUUCAGUGUUCUUACUUGAAAAUAUGACCUUAUAGAAAUUGGCCAUAGGAAUCUGGAAAAUUGGCUGUUUACUUUAAGCUUGUGAACACUGUGACGUAGGAUGAUACGAGGACAAAACUGAACCAUGAAUACCUGCACGGAAGUUAUAGCUCCGACGAAGACGAGGAAAAGGAGAGUAGAAAGGCCUCCUACAAAAUGGAAAGGGUCAAAUGAUCCCUCCGAAGACGACGCCAUCCCGGACUCCACGACUACGGAUGAACUCGCAGAGAAACUGAAGAGAGUUGGCGUGACCGAAGAAGGGUUUAGCAGUCCUCCUGUGCUCCUCAAAGUGCCUGCUCUAAAUAAGCGCCCAGCCAUGCACCCGAAUAUGACGUCCAAGGAGGUAAAUAGGAUUAUCUUAAAACAGUUUACAGUUAUUAUAUCUGUAGAAAAGACUGUUGGAAAAAGAUAGUUAUUGUGUAAUAUUUAGGCAAUAUGUAUUAGAACUACGAUCUUCAUAUGUAAUGAUAAUGAUCAUAAUAUUAAUGACAACAGUGGUGAGAGUAAUAAUGAUAAUGAUGGAAGUAA